AAAUGAGCUUGUAGUCGAAUUGGACGGUGACACGAAGACGGUGGUAUAACCUAAAAGUUGCAACAAGUUCAAAAAACGUCAAAACCCAAAGAAAAAGAAGAAAACGAAAAUAAAGUUAGUUAUGCUGAGAGCAUCAUCAUCACUGUUCCGAUUACGCACAACCACCAUGUUAUCUUCUUCUUCUUCUUCUCUCAGAAACCCUAACUUCCUCUUCCAUUCAACUCCAUCAUCGCAUUUUUCUUCAUCACUCUUUUUUCCUCCUCACUCUCUUUCAUUUUCCAACUCCAACAACAAUCGCAUCUCUCUUCGAUGUUUCGCUUCUCGUCCUAUUCAUGUCAUCAAUCCCAUCGUCGAAAUGGACGGUGAUGAAAUGACCAGGAUUAUAUGGAAGAUGAUCAAGGAUAAACUUAUAUUUCCUUACUUGGAUUUGAACAUAAAGUAUUUUGACUUGGGGAUUGAAAAUCGUGAUGCUACUGAUGACAGAGUGACUGUUGAAAGUGCCGAAGCUACUCUCAAGUACAAUGUUGCUGUGAAAUGUGCAACUAUAACUCCCGAUGAGACCCGAGUCAAAGAAUUUGGACUGAAGUCUAUGUGGAGAAGCCCCAAUGGCACAAUAAGAAAUAUUUUAAAUGGUACUGUAUUUCGUGAGCCGAUAAUAUGCCGCAAUAUACCCAGAAUUAUUCCAGGAUGGAAAAAGCCUAUUUGUAUUGGUAGGCAUGCUUUUGGUGAUCAGUAUCGUGCCACUGAUACAGUAAUCAACGGACCGGGGAAGCUUAAGCUGGUAUUUGUUCCAGAAGAUGGUGCCACUCCAGUGGAGCUUGAUGUUCAUAAUUUCAAAGGCCCUGGCGUAGCUCUUGCUAUGUAUAAUGUUGACGAGUCUAUUCGAGCAUUUGCUGAAUCAUCCAUGUCACUGGCAUUUACAAAGAAGUGGCCACUCUACUUGAGCACCAAAAACACAAUUCUCAAGAAAUAUGAUGGCAGAUUUAAAGACAUAUUUCAGGAGGUUUAUGAAGAAAGGUGGCAGCAAAAGUUUGAAGAACACUCGAUAUGGUAUGAGCAUAGGCUAAUUGAUGACAUGGUGGCAUAUGCACUCAAGAGCGAAGGUGGAUAUGUUUGGGCUUGCAAGAAUUAUGAUGGCGAUGUUCAAAGUGAUUUACUUGCUCAAGGAUUCGGCUCAUUGGGUCUCAUGACCUCUGUGCUGCUAUCUUCCGACGGCAAGACACUUGAAGCUGAGGCAGCUCAUGGAACUGUAACUCGGCAUUUUCGGUUUCAUCAAAAGGGCCAAGAAACCAGUACAAACAGUAUUGCUUCCAUAUUUGCAUGGACACGAGGACUGGAACAUAGAGCCAAGCUGGAUAAAAAUGAAAAAUUACUGGAUUUUGCGAAUAAGUUGGAGGCUGCAUGUGUUGAGACAGUGGAGUCAGGAAAGAUGACCAAAGAUCUUGCCCUUCUGAUUCAUGGACCUAAGGUAUCGAGGGAGUUUUACUUGAAUACUGAAGAAUUUAUUGAUGCUGUGGCAUUUAAUCUUGAGAGUAAGCUCCGAGAGCCUGCAACGGUCUAGCGUACUUUUUUUUGGGGUGUAAGAUGAAGGGAAAUUGGAAAAGCUAUGGUUUGGUGGAUGCAUUGACAUGGGUUGAAAUCCUAGUCCCUAGAAUGUUAGGAAAACAUUGAACAUAUGAGCCUUUAUUGAUAAAUUGUAAAAUCAUUAUUUGGGAAUUUGUCCUACUACUGGCUUCCCAAUUCUUAGCGCUGUUUGUUUUUGCGGUAGGUCGCAUCACAACCAACAUAUUUCAGGACCCUGUGCAGAAGUUUAUCCAAACAUAGGCCAAUACUACUGUAGUAGAGGUUUUUGUUGUUGACAGAAACACAACUGUAAUAGCUAAACAAUAACUUUUACAUGAACGAAUUGCAGAUGAGGGAAUGAUUGUGUAGAUUUAAUGAUUGUGUAGAUUAAAUCUACAAAUUAUAGAAGAAUGUGGGUUGUAUAUUUA